UUUGGGACAACCAUGACCUGAACGACUGAGACUCCCCAUAGACAAAUAUAGUAUUGUAUUAUUUUCUUCUUUCUUAGCCCUGUUACAAACAAAAUUUCAAUUAAUUAGUCUUAAAUAUUAACAUUUUAGAAAUCCACAUUGUUUGAAAAACUUGCCAGCUGAUUUUAAGGAUUUCAAAUCCAAGGAUUAUGGUUUGACAAAAAAGACUAAAAGCAAUUAAAAAUGGAGACUUAGGCUACAAAGAAUCUUCCAGUGUUCAUCUUAUGACUGAAGCAGAACUAGAGAGGCUGGGACUAAAAUCUACUCUUAAGUCAUGAAAAUUCAGAUUAAUCUCUCUCUAUUUCACAAAGUUCUUAUGAUGGUAGAAUUAAGGGAGAAAAUGUGAAAAAAUAUGUUUUUCUUUUGUUAUUAGGCUCUUUAAAAACAGGCUUUUCUGGCUCGAAACAAAAUGAAUAAAUCAACACUGCUGCGGUUUCCUCUCUACCAGCUUCUUAAGAACGUUAGGAAGCCUUCUUGGAGAAACUUCUGCUGGAAAUCUAGCAGUGGCUUUACUUUUCCAUAUGGACAGCGAGUUAAUUCCCCACAAUCCUUUUUUUCAUGGGGGAGGAUGUUUUCAAAAGGGGUGAGAUCUGGACUGGAGUGUCCAGCAGCAGCAGAACAGCAAACACCUGAGCUCUCUGCCAAGGAGCAAAGACUUCUGAGCAAGUUGUACACUGGACUGAUCCAAGGACACAGGGCCUGUCUGGCGGAAGCCAUUACACUCAUAGAAUCAACCCAUAAGAGGAAAAAAGAAGUUGCUCAAGUUCUUCUUCAGAAGGUAUUAUCCCACCACCGAGAACAAGAACAGUUAAAUAAAGGAAAGCCACUAGCCUUUAGAGUGGGAUUAUCUGGCCCCCCUGGUGCUGGAAAAUCAACAUUCAUUGAAUGUUUUGGGAAAAUGCUGACUGAAAGAAGACACAAAGUAUCUGUCUUGGCAGUGGAUCCUUCUUCUAGUACUACUGGUGGCUCCCUCUUGGGUGAUAAAACACGAAUGACUGAGUUGUCAAGAGAUCUGAAUGCUUACAUCAGACCAUCUCCAACCAGAGGAACAUUGGGCGGAGUAACACGGACUACAAAUGAAGCCAUUUUGCUGUGUGAAGGAGGAGGUUAUGAUAUUGUUCUUGUUGAAACAGUAGGAGUGGGUCAGUCAGAGUUUGCAGUUGCCGAUAUGGUGGAUAUGUUUGUAUUGCUGCUGCCACCAGCAGGAGGUGAUGAGUUACAGGGUAUCAAGCGAGGUAUCAUUGAAAUGGCAGAUCUUGUUGUUAUAACCAAAGCAGAUGGAGACCUCAUUGUGCCAGCACGGAGGAUUCAAGCAGAAUAUAUUAGUGCUUUAAAAUUGCUUCAUAAACGCUCAAAAGUUUGGAGACCAAAGGUAAUGCGCAUCUCUGCCAAAACCGGAGAAGGCAUUUCGGAUGUAUGGGAUAAGAUGACAGAAUUCCAAGAGCUCAUGCUUAGAAGUGGUGAGUUGCUUGCCAAACGCAGGAGGCAGCAAAAAGUGUGGAUGUGGAAUGUAAUCCAAGAAAGCAUGCUGGACCAUUUCCGGCAACACUCAGAAGUGAAGGAUCAAAUUCCUCUCCUGGAAGACAAGGUUGUUGAUGGGAUCCUAACUCCUGGGCUUGCUGCAGACCUCCUGCUCAGGGCUUUUAAAGAGAAACCCUGAUUCUUUUCUGUACAUGGCCUGAUGAUAUGAAAUAAAUGAUAUAAAUGUAUAUAGCAUUUUAAAAAAAAAU